AUGGGCCUCCCGCCCCGACGCGCCCCUUCCCCCUCCGAGUCCGGCUCCGAAUCCGGCUCCGGGUCAGAAUCCUCCAGCAGCAGCGAAGACUCGGCCCCACGCAGACCCCUAAUGGCCCGCCCAAAAUUCAUCCCCAAAUCCCAACGCAACAAGACGCCCGCCCAGCUCGCCCGAGAGCAAGAAUCGGCUCUGGCCGCCGCCGAGGAAGCCGCGCGCAAAGCCGCCGCUGACGCGUUGGUAGAAGAACAAAUCGCCAAGGACCUCCUGGCUCGGAAAUCAGGAAAAAAAGCCUGGGACGACGACGACGAUGAAGAGAAUAAACUCGAGGUGGACGACACUGACGAUCUUGAUCCCGAGGCGGAAUAUGCUGCUUGGAAGCUGAGGGAGUUGAAAAGACUGAAACGGGAGAGGGAGGCGAUUGAGGCAAAGGAGAGGGAGCUGGCUGAGGUGGAGAGGAGGAGGGGGUUGACUGAAGAGGAGAGGAAAAAGGAGGAUGAGGAGCACUUGCGGAAACAGAAAGAGGAAAGGGAGGGGAAGGGGAAGGUGGGGUUUAUGCAAAAGUAUUUCCAUAAGGGGGCGUUUUAUAACGAUCAGGGGGCUGAGGCGGGGUUGGUGGGGAGGGAUGUGAUGGGGGCGAGGUUUGCGGAUGAGGUUAGGAAUCGGGAGUUGUUGCCUAAGGCUUUGCAGAUGAGGGAUACUGACUAA